CACUUCGACCCAAAAACCACGACCAGCAACCAAUUAACAGAAAACUGAUGGAAAACAACAGCCGACGAACUCAACCGAGCUCAUUACCAUUCUUGAUCCUCAUCGGACUACUCUUCUACUUCUUCUCAAACUCAACCAACUCAAACAACCAAUCCCAAUCGAAGAGACAACUAGAACGAAGACUCGAACAACGAAACAAUGAGCUCAUCGGACUAAAACAAUACUACAACACCAACAACACCAACAACACUAGCACACUACCGAUCACCCCUCAGCUGAGCUACCAUCCCAAUCGAACAUUCGGAUCCCAGAGCCUAACCAAUGCACAGCAAUUCAUUCAACAGUGGUACCAACAACUCAGCGAUCGAUCGAAUAUCGAAUCUCAAGCCAUAUACUGGAAGAAUAUCUCAGGCCAUAUCAAGGGACACUGGAGAUGGAGGAAGGAGAGUCUAGAAUGGUGGCCAGAAUCAGCCAACAAGAGCUCUCCUGCAACAAACUCAUCAGCAUCAUCUCCUCUCGAUUCAUUCGAGACUCGCCGGGGUAACUUCCCCUGGACCCCACCCAAAAACACACUCAAUCAAUCCAUCACCAACAAAUGGACCUAUCCAUCCGCUCAAAAGAUCGACUUCAACCUCCGCGAAUCCUCACCCGAACUCAUCCGAGCAAAUACUUCCAUGGUUAGAGGGUCGAUGUAUAUCUCGUCCGGUGACUCUAAGGAUAUCAUGCUAGAAAUAGAAGGAAUCCACUUACAGAACGAGGGAAAGUUUUAUCUACGAGCCUAUCCGAGUCGAAUGUAUCUAGACACCCGAAUCCAUCUCUCAUCAGCCAUCGACAUCCCAAACAAAUACCUCGUCGAUCACCCACAUCUCAAUCAAUCCUCACCCAACCCUUAUCCGCCAUCGCCUCAACAACUCCAGAUCACUCAAGCUAUCAUCGCCGAUUACGAACAUCGGAUCGAAAAGAUCAAGAAAAUCUUGAAGAAGGGCGACUUGCCUCGCGAAAAUGAUGAGAGAGACGGAUUCGAGCAUGAUGUAGCCAACUGUACUUUCUUGAUCUAUGGAGGCUUGACCCCAUUAUCGACGACGACGACGCAAACGGCAGAAAGCUUAAUGGAGUAUGAGCGAUCAUUGCUGGAGCCCACAGGGGCAUCACUGACCGUCCCUUCGCCCGGCCAUCCGAUCUUGCAGACCUUGAUGGUCUCACCCAACUGCGGCCUAGUCCUCGAAUCCGGAGAGAUGUCCGUCCUCCUCGGCCCCUCCUUUUGGUCCAAAACUAGGAACUACGGCUGGGUUGCUGGCCUCGUCUUGGGCCUUCAAUGUUGGCUGCUCGUUUGGCAAAUGGACAGUCGUCAGAGUCCUUCGAGUUUAUCAAGGAUGUCAUACUUCUCAUUAGUAGCCCAAAUCAUUAUGGAUGCCUGGACGUUUUCGAGUCAUCUGACAUUAGCAGUCGUGACGAACAACAGCUCGACGGAGACACUACUGGUGCCGGCAUUCUUUGCCUGUCUGAAUGCGAUCCUGUUCGGGAUGCGAUACGGCGCCCUGAUCCGGAUCCACGAGCCCUCCCCCACCGUCGAUCCCGCCAAUCGCUCACAGGCUCCAGUGGAAGACUCCCACAUCGGCCGCGACACUGACUACGUACAGGUCCCUACAACCGACCUCGCCGACCCCCCUAAUGUGGAACCCUCUCCCGCUCCAGCUCUCCCUCCACGUCAAUCACGCUUCCGAAGCCUGCUCAACUCCCUCAAGAGUUUACUUGCACAUCGUCCACUUGUUUUGAUUUCAAUCGUAGCCAUCUUUCUCCUGAUCGUCCCAUUCUUAUUAUACAGUUGGCAACCACUAGUGCUCUCGAUCCUAUUCUCUUAUUGGAUUCCGCAGAUUGUUCAUAAUGUUCAACAUGGAACCAGUCGCAGAGGCUUGCGUAAACGAUACGUCCUCGGCACUACCCUUUGUCGACUCUUCUUGCCUCUCUAUAUUUGGGGAUGUCCUAAUAAUGUACUCUUUGUUACUGCGAACCCAUGGAUCUGGAUGAUCGCUUUAUAUUCAUUGAGUCAAGCGAUGAUACUAAUCCUACAAGAUUACCUAGGCGCGCGGUUCUUCCUACUAGGGUUCUGUUUCUCGUACGAGCCAAUGUGGGACUACCAUCCAGUGAAGCUGCCGACGAAGGUAGAUCUCGAGCAGGGCGGGAGUGUGAGCAAUGGGGAGAAGAUGCCAGAAUGUGUGAUCUGUUUCGAGCCGAUCGACGUCCUCCCAUCCUCGCCCACAUCCAGCACUGUCUCUAGUCUCGACCACCAACAAUCACUUCAUAAUCAUCAUCAUCGGCAAUCUUCUCAUGACUCCUCAGAAUCGCCUCUCCUCCGUCACAUCCCCUCUACUACCUUCGCCACCUCAGCUUUCCCCUUCUCUAGCUCCUCCUCUGACGUCCACCAUUCUCUCUUCUCGCGCUGGUCUUACAUGGUCCCUCCUUGUCAUCAUAUCGCUCAUACCAAAUGUCUCGAAGGUUGGCUCGCUAUUAAAUCUGAAUGUCCUGUUUGUCGUCGUCCCUUGCCUCCUAUCUAAGCCCAUAGACAUCUCUCCGCUCUUCCUCUCGUCGUUUUUUUUUUAUUCCAAUCUAGUCAUAGGAUUCUCCAUAAAAUAUGCAUAGUAGCGAUCUACAUACAUUCUAGAUUUGUUAUUUUAUUUCUCUCUCUCUCCCCUUCAUCAAAAGUUUGCAAACCCCCCUUUUUUGUCGUUUUAUCUUUUGUUGUUGUUAUUGUUUCUGAUGUGCAUCAGUGGGCAAUACUUCUUUUCUUCUUCUUCUUUGGCAGUAUGUACAUACUUGUAUCUCUUUUACAUUUUCUCUAUUCACAACAACCAAAACGUAAAUGAAUAAUAUGAUGUAUGUAUAU